GACCUGGCAGCUCCGUACGACGUGGAGCUGACGACGCCCGCGCCCGCGCCCGAGGUCCCCGCCACGACGCUGCCCCCGCCGCCGCCCCCGCAGCCGGUGGCGCCGUCCACACCCGCGCCCACCACCACGCCCUCCACUACCACCUCCACCACCGCGGCCGCCGCAGCCGCCGCUUCCGCGGCCAGCAGCAGCGUCAGCACCGCGCGAGCCACCACGCGCUCCCGCAACGUCAUCUUCCCCAGCGUCAAGAACAAGCCCACGCUCGCCAACACCUCCUUCACCACCGACGCGCUGCAGGGCAUCAAGGACGUCAAGGGCUAUUCAUGUCUCGACCUGCAGAACGCGGGUAUGCGGGACUCUGGUGUCUACUAUCUUCAGAUCCGUGGUACCACCUACUGGUUCCUGAAGGUCUUCUGCGAGCAGGACGCUGGUGAUGGUGGCUGGACC